ACAUGCGCAAAGGUAUCUAGGGGAGUAUAUACAAGCUUCCAAGAAAUCGCCUUCUCUCACUUUUCAUACUGAGCUAACUUGCCCUAAGAAUAAGAUGAGUGAACAACCUCCUCAAUACGACCAGCCUCCACCUCAACAGCAGCAACAGCCUCCGCCUCAAGGCUAUGGUGCACCUCCUCAGGGCCAGGGCUACCCUCCAUCCCAGGGAUAUGUUCAGCCUCAGUCUCCUCAGGGCUACCCUCCAUCCCAGGGAUAUGCUCAGCCUCAGUCUCCUCAGGGAUAUGCUCAGCCUCCUCAAGGAUAUUUUAUGCAGCAGCAGACAAAUCAGACAGUGGUGGUCCAGACCCAAGCUGCACCUGCUGUCACCAAAGUUGUUGUGAGGAAACAGACUAACCAUCUCCUUCACUUCAUCAUCUGCCUGAUCUGCCCAUGGUGGAUCUUUGUGUGGCUUUGCGUCUGCAUCUGCGGCUAGUCUGUGGAUAUCGGACACAGGCUGGAUCUAUAUAUAGCUAUAAAAUAAUUAUACAACUGUUUAAUUUUUAUAACGUUUCACACUAGAUUUACUACAAAAUGCAUGGGUAUAGAUCUAUAGUGUGAUAUUAGUGUCAAAAUUAGGGUGACUGCAAUAAUUCAAUGAGGGUGUGUUUUCAUUGCUUUCUAUAAUCUUAUGAGGGUGAA